AUGGAGAGCACAGUGCGGAGCGGCGGGGAGGAGCCGUCCGCAGCCGCUGUCGAAAGCUCCAGGGCUUCCGCCACUUCUCCCGGAGAGAAAACUGACCAAGACGGUCGCAGCACAAGAAAGACGAGGGAUUCACAAUGGAAGGCCGAUCGCCUUCCCUCUCCGGUCUUGACGCCGAACAACGGCUUUCCAAAACCUGCUGCGGAAUCUCAGGCGCCAGGAGAGCGAACUGUCGCCAGUUCGACCCAGGGCGUCCCGACCCCCGAUCCGUCAAGCGACAGCCAGAGCGACGUCGAACCCUCCAACAAACCUCCGUCGGCUAACUCCAAUGGCGUCGCGAAGGACCCCAACAUCAGCGUCGGCAAGACCCGCAGCAGGUCCAACACGAAAUCGAGCCACCCCGAUACCGUCCGGCGCCUCUCGGCAUCCAAGAUACAGGAAUUGACCGCCGCCCGCGAGUCACUACCGGUCGCCGCCAUUCCGGGUCGCAGAACGGACGAUGCACCAUUGACAGCCGGCGUCGUCGAGACAAGCAGAAGACUUUCGAGGGCCACAGAGGAGGGCACAAUUUCCGGGUCUAUGCCGGGGCGCCCAGUGGUCAAUACGCGGACGUUAUCCACGCCACCCAUGGGUAGACAGCCGACCGCUCGGCAGCCGUCCCGCCGCAACUCGUUCCAGCCAGCCCCGCGGCCGCCUCCGCUCGAGCUCGACAGCCACGGCAACCACCCGCCGGCGACAAACAAAGCCGAUGCACCAGCUCGGAACGACAAGAUCGAACCCACCCCUCCGUCCCCAAUCCCGCCUUCGAUCCCGCUCCCGCCGAUGUCCAUCCCGACCCUGCUGCAGCUGGAACUUGCUGGCCAGCGGCCGAGUCCGCUCUACAUCCACCACUCGUACACCAGCGACAUACCAUACGAGUCGAGCGCUGUCAAGUUUGAGCGGCUCAAGAACUUUUUGUUCCUGCCUAUGUGCCUCGAACGCGUCAUGGUGUUUGGGGCCGCGGCGUGCUUCGACGCCUGGCUGUGGACCUUCACCGUGCUGCCGAUGCGCUUCUGCAUCGCCGCGUCCGUGCUGGUGCGCUGGUGGGCCUAUGUCGUCGGCAAGGAGAUCAAGUGGCUGGUCGGCUUCGUGUGGUAUGGGAUGGGACGGCUGUGGAAGCGCGGACGCCGAGGCCGUUCGGUGUUGCCGAGCGGGUCCGAGAAUCGAGCCGAUGAUUCUAGAAGUCGAAGUAGGGCACGAGACGGUGGUGCUGAUGGCACUGGCUAUGCCACCGCCUGGGCGGCCCACACUGGGGCGGACGCGACACCUCGUUUCCCGGGAGCUGGAGGCAGUGCUUCCUCUCAGAAACCAGGCGCUCGGGCGACGGGAACGUUCCGGCACCGCCGGACGAAGUCGAGCCCGUCCAACCUGACCUCUUUCCACAAGGCCGAUCUGCUUCAGGGCGCCAUCAUCAUCUGCAGCUCCAUGGCUCUCAUGAGCCUGGACGCCAGCCGCACGUACCACUCCAUCCGCGCCCAAUCGGCCAUCAAGCUGUACGCCAUUUACAACCUGCUCGAGGUUGGCGACAGGUUGCUGUCUGCACUCGGCCAGGACGUGUUUGAGUGUCUCUUCAGCACAGAGACGCUGUCGAGGAACAGCCUGGGCCGCUCGAAGGUGAUGCUACCGCUGGGCAUGUUCGUGCUCGCGCUCGCGUAUAACGUUCUGCACUCCGUCAUCCUCUUCUACCAAGCCAUUACGCUCAACGUCGCCGUAAAUUCGUACUCCAAUGCCCUCUUGACCCUCCUGUUGUCGAACCAAUUCGUCGAGAUCAAGAGCACCGUGUUCAAGCGCUUCGAGAAGGAAAACACGUUCCAGCUCACCUGCGCCGACAUCGUCGAGCGCUUCCAGCUCUGGAUCAUACUGAUCGUCAUCGGCAUGCGCAACAUCGUCGAGGUAGGAGGGCUGUCGGUGCCCGGCGCCGGGAGCGAGGACGGCGGGUCGACCAGCAUGCCGCUGCAUACGACGUCCAAUUUGCCCGCCAGCUUCACCAUCUUGCCGUCGUGGCUGUGGUCGGGCGAGGUGCUCUCUCCGUUCAUCGUGGUCAUCGGCAGCGAGAUGGUGGUCGACUGGAUCAAGCAUGCCUACGUCAACAAAUUCAACAACAUCAAGCCGACGUUUUACGGGAGGAUACUCGACAUUCUCUGCAAGGACUACUACACCAAUGCCUUUGUAACCCCGUCCCUGACUCGCCGCCUGGGCGUCCCGCUCCUCCCGCUGUCCUGCUUCUUCAUCCGCGCCUCGGUGCAAAUCUACAACAUGUUCCUGGCCGCCCACCUCCCCACCCCGCUUCCGCCGUCCACGCAAACCUCCCUCUCCGCCGACUCCGCCACACCCUCGCCCGCGAUGCUCGCCGCCCUGGACCGGAUCGACAACCUCAUCCGCAACGCACUGGGCCGCUCUGUCUUCGGUUACCCCUACGCCGAAUACAUCUCGGACAACGCCACCGGCGCAGCUGCUUCCGCUUCCUCCACCCCGUCCUCCUUCCUUCUCCGAGCAUGGAACCGUCUCCCCUGGACGUCCGACGACGCCAUCGCCGCACUGACCAUGGUGGUCGUCUUCGGCCUCGUCUUCCUUGUCCUGCUGCUGGUCAAGCUACUGCUGGGCAUGGUCCUGCUGCGGUACGCGCGCCAUCGGUACGCGCGCAUGAAGCUGCAGGAGCACGCCAUCGCGGCGGGGCAGGCCGAGCGGGAGUCGUUUGACGCCAAGGGGAAGCGGGUCGGCGGGUAUGCGCAGGUGGAGGUUGGCGAGGAGAGGAGGCGGUGGAUCUUUGGGGAGGAUGUCGAGGGGUUGCGGAAGGCCAAGGAGAGGGAGCGGAAGAAUGAGGAGAAGGCUGAGAGGGACAAGGAGAAGGACUUUGCGCACGUCAUUCGGUAUGAGAUGGUUGCCAGGAGGAUUUGGUAG